CCCGGAUGUGGAGUCCGUACACCUCUGCGCUCAAUGGGCUCGUUCAUCUUGAAGAACUACAUUUCCAUGACGAGAGAGCGAACGAACCAACGAGCCAACGAACGAGUGAACGAGCGUACCUCUGGGUAAAAAAAAAAAAAAAAAAAAAAAAAAACAAGGUGGGGCUUCUUACGCACGACGUGAGAGUUGCCCGGGCAUCAGCUGAAGUGGAUCGUGCUCCAAAACGGCAGGUGGUCAGCGCGCUACAGCUGCUCAGUGGAACUAUGACAACCGCGGGCUCCUACAGGUGACAUGGACGGCGUGAAAUGAACUAGUUUACGCACUUUUCCUUUUUUUUUUGACUCCCCAGAAGACGCAGGAGUAGAGACUAAAACGAGGAGAUAAAGAUUGUGCACGUAUAGGCGCGUCUCGGCGUGCGUAAAGACUCAAAUCGACACCAGAAUAUUUUAUUUCUUUUUCCCCGCUGAAGUUUGGUAAUUCGUGACUGGAUACAAAAAUGGCACUUUCGAGGUUCCAUAAUAUAUUUCGUCUGCCCACUACGAUGAAGAAGAAGGCGAAGCAGUACGAACACGUGCACAGGGACAUCAACCCGAACGACCAGUGGGACAUCGUGGGGGAACUGGGUGACGGUGCGUUCGGUAAAGUCUACAAGGCCCAAAACAAGGAGACCGGAGUGCUCGCUGCUGCUAAAGUGAUAGAGACAAAGUCGGAGGAGGAGCUGGAGGAUUACAUGGUGGAGAUCGACAUUUUGGCCAAAUGCGACCACCGCUACAUCGUCAAACUGCUGGACGCCUUUUACCAUGACAACAAGCUCUGGAUCAUGAUCGAGUUCUGCCCUGGAGGAGCUGUAGAUGCCACCAUGCUGGAGCUGGACCGUGGUCUGACAGAGCCUCAGAUUAAGGUGGUGUGUCGUCAGAUGCUGGAGGCUCUGCUCUACCUCCACAGUAUGAAGAUCAUCCACAGAGACCUGAAGGCCGGGAACAUCCUGUUCAUGCUCGACGGAGACAUCAAACUGGCUGACUUUGGAGUUUCUGCAAAAAACAACAAAACUUUGCAAAGAAGAGAUUCUUUCAUUGGAACGCCGUAUUGGAUGGCUCCGGAGGUGGUCAUGUGCGAGACGAUGAAGGAUGCCCCGUACGACUAUAAGGCUGAUAUCUGGUCCCUGGGCAUCACUCUGAUAGAACUCGCCCAGAUUGAACCUCCGCACCACGAGCUCAACCCGAUGAGAGUCCUGCUCAAGAUCGCCAAGUCCGAGCCGCCGACGCUGGACUACCCGCACAAAUGGUCAUCAGAGUUCAACGAUUUCUUGAGAAGAUGUUUGGACAAAAACCCAGAGACCCGUCCCACCGCGGCCCAACUUCUGGAGCAUCCAUUUGUGAACUCGGUGACUUCAAACCGUCCUCUGCGGGAGCUGGUGGCCGAGGCUAAAGCUGAAGUGAUGGAGGAGAUUGAACACAACAGCGAAGAAGGAGAGGAGGACGAGGCCAUGGACCUGACUGUGUCUCCAGGGAAAGAGCCGUGCCAGACCAGUCAGACGAGCCUGGAGGGGGAGCACUCCACAGCCUCCGCCAGUCCCACCACGCCCUCCCCCACCACGCCCCUCCCCACCCCCGCGCCCACCCCGGCCCCAAGGAAGGGCACGGGCGAGUCCGGCGCCCCGUCAGAGGAUGGGGUCCCGGUCCCCAUGCCGCGGAUCAACGCACCCCACAAAGAGCCGGCGGAGGAGAGGGGCGGGGCUGAGGUUCUGUCCAACGGGGGUCUGCCUGGAGAUGUUCUAAUGGAGUCUGAGAAGUGUGAAAGCGAAGGGUCCACGAAAACGUCAAAUUCAGAUUCAGGGAUUGAGGAUGGGAAGAGCACGCCCACGUCUGAAGAUAAGGUUGUCGUGGAGACGCCAGAGAGCGAGCAGCCCCCCUCUCUACCCCAGGGCGAAGUGUCCGAGGAGCAGGUCAACCUCAUCAUCGACUCCCCCGGACCGGGCCGGACCAAGACCCAGGAGAAGAGGGACCCCCCGGUGUCCAACGGUUCUCUCCCGUCUGCCACCCCUCCCCCCUCCCCGGCUCAGGCCUCCAUCCCCAGGACCAGCUCCACAAAAUCCACCCCGGAGAGGAGGUCUGUCCGGAGUACUUCAGAGCCGGCGUCCCCUUACAUCAACGGGGGCUUCAACAACUCCAGGGUCUCGUAUCCUGGGAGUAUAGUGUCCGAAAGCAUGGACAUGUCGAUCAACAACAACAUGAUCAUAUCCAGGGACUUCUCGAGUAAGACCUUGAAGAGGACCCGGAAGUUUGUGGUCGACGGAGUUGAGGUCAGCGUGACCACGUCCAAAAUCAUCCGUGAUGACGAGAAGAAGGACGAGGAGAUGAGGUUUCUGAGGCGUCAGGAGCUGCGUGAGCUGCGUCUGCUGCAGAAGGAGGAGCACCGCGCUCAGGCCGGACUCAACACCAAACUGGAGUCUCAGAGGGAGCAGAUGCAGAGGAGGUUCGACCAGGAGAUGAACGCCAAGAAGAAGCACUAUGACGUGGAGCUGGAGAACCUGGAAAAGCAUCAGAAGCAGACCAUCGAGAAGAUGGAGGCGGACCACCAGGUGAAGCUCAAAGAUGAGACCAGGCGCAUCAAGACCGACCAGGAGAGGGCCUUCCACAAGUUCCAAGACCAGAUGAAGCUCAAGAAGAAAGAGGUCAAACAGACCGUUGACAAACUGCCCAGACGCUCACGCAAAGAAUCCAUGAAACAAGCCAUGGCCAGUUACCAGGACAUGAAGAUCAAAGAGGAGGACCAGUUUCUGGCCAAUCAGAAAGAAUACUUGGACAAAACGCUAAAGAAGAUCAUUGCUGAUAAUAAAAGGGAAAUUGCAGAGAAGGAGAGAGAGUGUCUGAACAAGAAGCAUGAACUCAUAAGAGAGCGUGAGGCGACGAUGUGGGAGAUGGAGGAGAGGAACCUUCAUGAGAGACACCAGCUCCUGAAGCAACAGCUCAAAGACCAGUACUUCCUCCAGAGACAUCAGCUCCUCAAGAAGCACGAGAAGGAGCAGGAACAGAUGCAGUGCUACAACCAGAGAAUGAUCGAGAUCCUGAAAGCCCGACAGCAGCAGGAGAAGAGCCGCCUUCCCAAAAUCCAGAGGGGCGAAGCCAAGACACGGAUGACCAUGUUCAAGAAGAGCCUGCGCAUCCAGUCCAACCUGAGCCCCGCCGAGGAGAGGGAGAGGAUCAAACAGUUUUCCGCACAGGAGGAGAAGAGGCAGAAGGCCGAGCGGCUCCACCAGCAGCAGAAACACGAGACUCAGAUGAGGGAGAUGAUCGGCCAGUGUGACAGCAACAUCCGAGAACUGCAACAACUACAGAAUGAGAAAUGUCACCUGUUGAUCGAGAAUGAGACUCAGAGGCUCAAGCAGCUGGACGAACAACACAACCAGCUCCUGAAGGACUGGAGGGACCUGCUCAAGCCCAGGAAGAAGGCCCUGGAGGAUGAACUGACGCUGAAGAAGCACGAGCAGGAUGUGUUUUUCCGGAUGAGCGCCAGCACAGACUGCCCCAACCCCAGCUCUCCCACCAAACUCUCCAAAUUUGUGCCUUACCAAGACUCGUCCUCCAUGUAAAAAAAAAAAAAAAAAGUACAAAAAUCACUGCUGCACAAAAUGGCCACCGGUAAAACAAUGCCACAAUGCAAACUUAAACAAAAUCCAUUACAGUUUUACAAUUGAUUUAACUUUCCGCAGCUUAAGUUAACUAAUUUUGCUUCACUUACUGUCAGUAUUUUAAAGUCCCUUGCCUGUUUUCUGCCAUCGUAAAAAUUGGUUGGAGUUUUUGCACAAUUUUGUGAAGAGAUGGCGGCGAGCACUUUUGUUAAUUAACACGUCUUCCGAAUUAAUAUGAAAAAACGUCAAAAAUCGAAAUAUCGGCGUACCAUGUUGCGUUGUUUGCGCUCGUAGACAAACCUAAUUUCUAGUUUAGUUUCUAUUGAGUGAGCUGCCAAACCUGCUUUAUUUAUUUUAACCACGCAUCACUGUAAAAAUUAAUUUAAUCUUUUAAUGAAUUUCUUUUAAAAUUUUAUACCUUUUUAUUUCGAAUGGGGGAUGAGUCCUGAAUCCAAGUUGUUGUGUUUUUUGGUGAUUAUUUGAUGAUUAAAUUUUAAGGGAAGACGUCGUAAGCUAGAGUUAUUGUUUCUUUUUUAAUAUAUUUUGUAUUUUACUGUAGAUCAGUCACACUGGAUGAGAACUGACCAAGCCAAAGUGAAUAUACUGUUGUGUUGUUUUGAAUGGGGGUUUAAAAUCUGAAUCUGAAGGCGCACCGUGGGACUUUUUUGUUAGGGUUUCCGCCAUCUGCUUCGUGUCUCCAUGAAAAUGUGAUCAGUUUGCCUGCAGUUUUCCAUAGUAUUGCAUAAAUGUCUAUCAAAUAGCAUUUAAUUUUUUAUUUUGUUUCUCAAAAUACCUAAAAAGGCCUGCUGUAUUUUUCGGAGUAUAAGUCGCACCAGCCAAAAAAUGUGUAAUAAAGAAGAAAAAAAUAUAUAAAUUAGGUAUAAGUUGCACUUUUUGGGCGAAAUUUAUUUUAGAAAAUCAGAAACAAGGAACCGACAUUUCAUCUCGAAAGCAAUAUCAUCCAGCUGCGGACACAAAUGGGCGUUCCCGUGUGGGUGGGGGGCUCCGUUCCUCAUAACGUGUGUCCAAAGGUCGCAGCUGGACCCUUCUCCUUGAAAGUCAAGUUCUAGUAAUAACAAUAGAAGAGAGAACAACAGACUGUUAACGUCACAUAUGAACAGUUUUUCAGAUAAACUAUAACAUAAACAACAGAACAGAACAAGUUUAACAAACUCUCCAUCUCACUCCAAAUCGCUAAAUCCAUUCAAUUCUUCAUCCUCUGUGUCACUUCUGAGCAACUCCGCGACCUCUGGAGGUAAACAGAGCGCCGCUUCCUCUUCUGUGUCGCUGUCGUCAGACUCAGCAUCAGUUCCAGUUAGAAUUAUUCUGGCCUUUCUGAAUCCCGACAGGAUGGUUUCAGUGUCACUGAAGUCCAGACUUUGUCCAUCCAUCCAGUGACUUCAGGAAAGUUGCGUGGCGUGAAGCUGUGUUCUCCAUCUCCGCUUUCCGCCAGUUCCUCCCAAGUUUUUUGCUCACUCCAAACUUUCUUUCUGCUGCUCGAUUACCGAUUAUGGCUGCAGAUUUCAUUGCUUGCAGCAGGAGACAUGUGCAGUAGAGUGAAGUGACAGUGGUGCAGGAGUAACAGGAGCAGCAGAUACUGACACACAAGACUUGAGCCUCUCACAACUGUCAGUGUGAACGUUUUAAUAUAUAAGUCACAGGAAACAUCCAAACCAUUGAAAAAAGUGCAACUUAUAGUCUGAAAAAUACGGUAUAUUAGACUUUUUUUUUUAAUCUAUAUUGUAAAGUUUCCUCAUCAAACACCUGGAGUUGUGUUUAGUUUCAUUCACACAUGUUUAACACAGUUCUUCUCCCAAACACUCAGUUCCACCUUGUGAUGUCAUAUGGUUAUACAGGAAGUGCUCCACUGUGUUUUAAAACUCCAUACACCUUCACUAGGUUCAUUUGGAUGAUUUCAGCUCUGAAAUUUUCGAUCCCUACUGAACAAAAGGUAAAAGGUAAAAGCUGUUCACUUGAAAACUACCGCUUCAUGACAUCACAAGGUGGAACAGAGCAUUUUGAGCCUAAUAAUAAAGGAUUACUCAAACAUGUGUGAAUUAAAGAAAACUCUAGGUGUGUUUCUGAUGAGGUAACGACAUUCUAACAUGGUUUACAGCUCACAAGAAUCCAUUUUUCAUAAUAUUUUUUGCGUUUAAAACCAAAAAAACGUAAAUUCUUAUUGUGAGCAGGGUCGCCUCUUCGUAGAUCUGGCCUGUAACUUGCUUAUCUCCUUGCCAGAUAGAUAAGUUUAACGUCAUAUUGUGAAAAAUUCCAGGCAAAAUCAACAACGGCUUCACGGAGACGAGCAGACGACGCAUUCUCCGCCCAAAAAGUCCCGCAGCGCACCUUUAAAAUGUAUUAUUAUUUGUGUUUAUGAUGUUUUGUGCGGUAAACACGCUUCCUGCUAACCAAAGUGCAAUAUUACAUGUGGUUUUCCGGAGGUUUCUGUCUUCUUAAACUGUGCCUUUCUUUGCACUGAUAGUUCUGCUUAAGAGUCUACGUGUAAUUUAAAGCAACAAACGUAAUUUACACAUUUGUCAAUAUUGAUUUUAUUUUAUUUUUUUUCUUUUUGAAGUGUUCAGAGACCGUAGACAGGUCCGCAAAGGUACAGUUUCUUUCUCUCCGUGUUAAAUUCUCCCUCCGUCUUCCUCUCCGUGUGAUAAAAUGUGUUUGAAGGGGUUGAAUGAGUGAAUGAGAAUCAUGAGAAGGAACCACUGUUGUAAAUAAGUCUUAAUAAAUAAAUACAGAUUUUCUAAUUUUA